UGCUAAUAGUGAUCUAGGGUUCCGGGUUUAGGGCACUGGUGGGCGAUCUCGCCAAUUUGGAAAGAAUUGUGGCGCCCGGGCGCCUGUGGAUGAUCGCGGGGGGACGAGGUGCUGGAUUAAUGGGGGUUUCGUCCAGGAAUGGCUCUGGAUCGAUCGAAUUGCCGGAUUUGCCAUUGGAGCGGCAAUCUUCGCGGCGGAAGGGCGUGGAGAAGAGCAUCCUGGACGAUAUUAUGGGCGAUCCCGACGAUUUCAAGGAGCUCGUGGAUCCGGAGGAGGAUGGAGGGCGAUGGGAGGACACGGUGAAAGAGGCCCUUGAUGCCGAGAAUUUGACUGAAGCGCCUGCUCCAUUGGAGGUGAAACGCUCCAAGAACCAAGGAUCAGAGCGUAGAGGUUCUAAAUCACAUGGUACCAGAUAUUUCAUAAUUAAAAGCUUAAACCAUCAGAAUCUCUCCAAAUCUGUUGAAAGAGGAGUUUGGGCUACACCAGCGGUGAACGAAGACAUCUUGAAUGAAGCAUUUCAGACUUCAGAACGUGUUGUUUUAGUGUUCAGCGUGAACAUGAGUGGUCACUUCCAAGGCUAUGCCGAAAUGACAUCUCGGCCUGGUCGACGAAAGGACAACCUUUGGAAUGACGCCAACGAUGGCUCCAGUCCAUGGGGCGGUGUUUUUUCGGUGGACUGGCUAAAGUUGCAUGAUCUCCCAUUUCAGGAAACCUCCCAUCUUAAAAAUCCUCUCGAUGAUAAUAAGCCCGUAAAAAUCAGCAAGGAUUGUCAGGAACUUCCUCGAGAAGUUGGGGAGUCUCUUUGUGCUUUGAUCGAUGAAGGAGCACAACGAGAUGGACAUGCAAAGAGGAAAAAGCCGGAUGAAGACGCUGCUGGAACUAAAAGAUUACGUGGAGACGGUGGACAAAAUGACAAGACUGAAAGAUCUUCUCAGAAAAUUGAAAAGCACACCUCAGACAAGCAGAAAGCACCGGAGAGAAUUACCCCAGACAAAGACAAGGACAGAGAGCGAGACAAGCGAUCAGAGAAGGACAGAGCAACGAGUAAGGAAAGGGAUCGUGAUCUUCGAAAGAACAGGCUGCCAGAGGAAGAUUUACUCAACAUGACGUACGAGGAGUACCUUCGAAGGCACAACCGAACCUAUCAACAGUUUGGUCGUCCCGCAGCUCCUUAUGUUGGACCGUGGAUGGGUCCUGCUGGCCCUGGAAUGCCUGAUCCGUACGCGAUGGCCGCUUGGUAUGAACGGCGACCCGAACCGUUCUAUGGGAUUCCCCCAGUUCCUUACGGAGGCAUGCAUCCGUUUGAUCCCACAAAAUGGCGUGGCCAUCCGCGCUAGGUGCGGAGCUGCUUUUUUUUUCUUUCUUGUUCUUUCGCGUCAACAUUCACCAGUGGCUCGAGGACAAUUGUAGCUGUAAGAAGAUUGUAUUCCAGUUUUAACGCUGACGACUAUUUUUUUUUAUUUUUUUCAUCCUGGGUGGAUCACCCUGUGUGUGUUUCAUAGCUUGCAGGCGGACUGUAAGAGUCCAUGCUGCUUCAUGGCAACUGUACAAAUCGUGCAAGAAAUUAUAAAGUUUGUUCGCUGUU